AUGCCCAGCCCGCUCCUUGCCAGCGUCCAGUCUUUUGAGACGACAGACUCGUCUUCAAACUCCUCACCCGACUACUCACCUGAGAGCACUGCUCCAUCCUCUCCAUCCACCGUCAUCAUCGAUCACAAGCUUAGCCACACCAACCGAUUACCGAGUCAUUUCCCCGCUCUUCCCGAGUCCACCCCGCCCUCUCAAGUCAGUUCUCAAGAUGUGCAAACACCUGAUAACUGGGUUGUGCGCGAUGGUAGAUUGAUCAGAUUGACCGGAAAGCACCCCUUUAACUGCGAGGCCAAGCUCUCAGAUCUCUUCGCGGCAGGAUUUCUCACUCCAACUGAGCUCUUCUAUGUGCGCAACCACGGCGCAGUUCCUAGAGUUGAUGAAGAGCUUGCUCGGAACUGGUCCUUACGGGUCCAUGGGCUAGUCAAAAACGAAUGUGCGCUUACGCUGGACGAUCUCAAGCGCAAGUUCCCUGUAGUAACACUGCCUGUCACAUUGGUCUGUGCAGGCAACCGCCGCAAAGAACAAAACAUGGUUCUCAAGGGACUGGGCUUCAGUUGGGGAGCUGCCGGAGUUUCAACUGCACUGUUCACCGGGGUAUACCUCGCUGAUGUCCUUGAAUACGUCCAACCCAUACGACCCGCCGCGAAACAUGUUGUCUUUGAAGGAACUGACUCCCUACCAAACGGUCCAUACGGGACCUCCCAACGACUCUCAUGGGCGGCAAGCAAGGAGAAGGGAAUGCUCCUUGCCUGGGCAAUGAACGGCCUGUCAUUGACCCCUGACCAUGGGUUUCCCUUGCGAGUAGUUGUACCUGGUCAGAUUGGUGGGAGGUCUGUAAAAUGGUUGAAUCGUAUCGAAGUCAGCGAAGAAGAAAGUCAACAUUACCUACAUUUCUUCGACAACAAAGUGCUUCCAACACAGCUUUCACCUGAACAAGCUCGCGACGAGAAGAAGUGGUGGUAUGAUCCCAAAUACCUCAUCAAUGAUUUGAAUGUCAAUAGCGCUAUUGCAAAACCUGAUCAUGAAGAGAGGGUCGAGAUACCUCAGCCGGAAGAUGCGAAAGAUCUAUUUUACCCUAUUCGCGGCUAUGCAUACGCAGGCGGAGGUCGGAGGAUCACCCGAGUCGAGAUUUCCCUCGAUGAAGGAACCACGUGGACUCUGGCUGAAAUAACAUAUCCCGAGGAUCUAUACCGAACAGUGUGUUAUAAUGAUGAGUCAUACGGGACAUUGGACCUCACAGAAAGGGACACCUGCUUCUGCUGGUGUUUCUGGACAUUCCCAAUAUCGUUGUCGGAACUCUCUAGGAGCCACUCUAUCAUGUGUCGAGCAAUGGACGAGAGUCUUGCUCUCCAGCAGCGGGACAUGUAUUGGAAUCCGACUGGUAUGAUGAAUAAUUGGUGGUUCCGAAUUGCCGUACAUCGAGUCGAAGUUGAGGGCCGAACUGUUCUCCAGUUUGAACACCCAACUCUCGCAGGAACCGCCUCCGGUGGCUGGAUGCAGCGAGUGAUUACAAUUGAAGAACUAAAAGCCCAGCCCAAGGAGCAACCGUGGUUUGUGGUCGAUGGAGAAGUAUACGAUGGUACUGGCUACCUCGCCGAUCACCCCGGAGCGGAUUCGAUUAUACUCACUGCGGGACAAGACGCGUCCGAGGACUUCUUUGCCAUUCAUAGUCCUGACGCAAAGAAGAAGAUGGCUGCGUUCCAUAUUGGCACUCUAGUCAAAGGCGAGGGUAGCCUUCAAGCGACGAUUCCAGUGAUGAUGAGGAAUCGUCUCACUUCCUUCACAAGACUAAACACUUCGAUCUUUCGCUUCGCCCUACAAACACCCGAACAGCGUCUUGGACUACCUGUUGGUCAACACGUGUUUGUUAGACUGAAAAGGAAAGAUACAGGAGAGGUGUGCAACGAGCUUACACACCAGUCUCUCGAGAACAGGAAGUUGGUCACAUUGAUCUAUUGGUCAAGACCACUUGGCUCCUUCAUAUGGAACGGCAAUGGCACCGCUUUAUGGAAGGGAAUCGAGCGCCGCGUAAGGAAUAUUGGAUUGAUAUGUGCUGGAAGUGGCAUUACGCCAAUUUUACAAGUUCUCAGGAGUGCUGAGGACGGCACUGACCAUGAAACUACGUUGUGGCUAUUGGAUAGCAACCGCACCGAGCAAGACAUUCUGUGCCGUGAUGAACUUAAAUCACCGAGCGAGGGGUGGACAUUCAGCACCGGCAGAAUCAACGAUGAGAUGAUGAAAGCCCACCUGCCUUCUCCAGAUACUCCGGACACCUUGAUCUUGAUCUGCGGGCCGGAUAAUCUGAUCAAACAAACGGUUAAGCCCGGUCUCGAGCGGUUGGAUCGCCAACAAAAUCAAAGCGCGAAUGUUUCGGAAAAGUACAAGCUGAAUGAAUUUAAUCUAUUUCCAAAUCUGGAAGACUGGUACAAUCAUCUUGCCCCUAUCAUAUAUAUGCCAAGUCGCACCGAGAUGGCCAGGCGCCUGCUGGUCGGGAUUUGUUUUUACUCCAUCGCCCUUGCCUUGACGAACCAUGACACACAACUUGAGCGACAAAACCUGAAAAGAAGUGAACGAUUUCUUGAAAAUGCGACCAUAUUCGGCCAAGAAACCUCGUCUAUAACCACUCGAACCGCCAGAUUGCGCACGAAUCUUCCGGUCUUUGAGCUUAUCUAUGGUCGCACCGCAGAUUAUGAGCUUGGGCGGGCGUUAGAGGAAAACAUGCUCGUUAAGGGCCACCCACUUUCAAAACUUACCUACGAAGUGGAACCAGAUUUGGCCAUGUUUAACUGGAUGGGAUUCGACCAGACAAAACAUAUCUUGCGAGGAACACCCCCUAUUGCGCAACCGCUACCUAUACCCUCAGGUAGUCCAGCGUAUUUAGACAUAUAUGUCUACAUUGGAACCGACCGCUCUUACCGACUUCGCGCUGUCCUGGGACUCAUCAUCCGAGAAGCGAGUGAGAUUACAGAACCAAAUAGCGCCCCCACCGUUUCCUUGGUUCCAACAGACCAACAGGCUUCGAGUCCAAGAGGUCCAGUGUUAGGGGCACUGAUUACCGCAUGCGUCCUGCUCGCGCUAUUAAUUAUUGGUGGCAUAGGAUGGAUGAUAUCUAUGAGGGAGUAUUUCAAACAAGAUCAUCGUUAUAGUGAUACGAACUCUCACCACCAAAGUACUAUCCGACCCCACCGGUCAAAUAGUCCCUCAAUUCCCUCAACUUCCAACCGAAAUACGAGCAUUACAUUAACCCGCCGACGGGUUCGAACGGCCGACCACGAAAUUCAAAGUCCUUCCAAAUCUGGGUUUCAGCUCUCUCCUGGACAAAACGAUACAAAAGGAUCCAGCCCUCAUAGUGCGCGAAAACGCGCGACGACGUUAUUACAGACAAUCCAAACUCGCACUAUCCAUGGAUCUCCUAAAAUUGGACUUACUUGGUCUGAGUCAGUUUUCGCCGAGUUUCACAUCGAGGAAAGUCCCAAGAAGGAAAAGGAUUCACUAGGCAUCGAAAAAUCCCCUAUUUAUAUGAACUCGUGGUCCAGUGCUCUUCGAACGGGAACGACCAAUUUCACCUACUCCAAACAAGGCCCUCCGUAUUCGAGGGAACAGAACAAUGAGUGUAAGCGAGUUAUUCCCCCUGAUCAUUUGGGAAACGAAUCCGGACCCGGCGUUGCUGUCGAUGAUUCGGGUAUUUCUCCGAACCGCUAUGACCAUACUGGAAAUCUAGGAUUCAUGAACGACAACUCGACACAGCUUGGAUCGAGCGCACAGGUUACUCCUCAGAUUCCAGCCAUACCAAGCCGGGCGGAAAAAGAUAUGCAUACAAAGCCAGUAAACGGAGCCCUAGGUAUUACUUUUGACUCGUUCUUUUCGCCUGUCAAAGGGCAAUCCAACCCAGAACCAAGGUACGGCGAGGUAUCCUCUGAACGAAUGGUUAAAAUUGGUCACUCUCAAGAAACGCUCGCUACGGUAUACGUGACGGCGUCGGAAUCAGGCGUGUCUCCUGGAGUUCAAAGUGGACAGGAUUCCCCUAACGAUGGACCAGGGAUUCCAGAGUGCGUUGUUAUUGGGAGUCCAAUCACCUUGCAUUCGCAGAUUGUUGAAUUUGACAAUGUUGCGACUUCGCCAUUCAUCACGGGCCCGGACACCAUGAUCGUAUCCAAAGGAGAGAUCGUAUACGGGGCGCUUGACACAGGAAAUUCGAGCAACUCGCUCAGGGUUGAGUAUGGGCGCGCAGACCGGUCGUUGCGUGCUUUGGAUUCGUUCCCAGCUAUGCUACGUGGGAGCCUGUCGUGUUUUCCAGAAGACGUGUCGCUCAACACUCCAAUGCUCAAUACUCCCGUUCUACCCUCGACGGAACUGUUCGUAGCGACUUGA